AUUUUUCAAAUAUCUUUCUGCUUAGUCCUUCUUCUUGGAUCGCUUGACUGGUCUCUCUUUCCACUAGUCUUCUCCUCAUCCCUCAUUCAUCAGUAUGUUGUUUCCACCUGAGAGCGAAGCCACAAUAUGCAGAGGGACUAUAGGCUACUCAGAGCUGUGAUGGUGGUGACGCAAUGGGUGUAUUCAUUAGUCGGAGGCCGUUGCGGAAUGUUUGGUCUGCUGCGAAAAUUUCAGCAACGGAAACUGUUUACUCCAAACGGGGGGAAAAAAUGUUUUGCCAUGAAAACGAGAGUUUCUAUUGGACAAAUUCAGGUAUAUCUCUCCCUGUUUCACUCCGUUUGGUUCCUAGAGUAAAUGGUAAACCAUUUCCAUUUUUGCAACAGGCCAAACUUUUUGCAACGGUCUGCGACCUAAUGAAUACACCCCAGGUCGUAACAAGUCUGCUCAGUGUAUCAUACUAAACCCAUGGACCAUGGUCAGUGUCUGGAGCCCUGAAUGCCUUGAAUGACAGGGGAAUGGAGCAUGGGACUGGUUAGCAUGUUCCAGUCCUCCCAACUCUUCAAAUGUGCUCGUUUUGUCAUUAUGGCCACAUUGGGUAUAGUUUGGCAUUGUUGCUUAGUGAAACUUGAAAUGGAGAUUCUCCAGAAUGUUAAGAAGAAUUAUGGUCAACAUCUAAUGCUUUCUGAUACUCUCCUCUAGCUACUUAACUUCAUUUCUCUCCUGUUCUACCAUUACUAAACGAAUACAUCAUAAUACCAAUCUGCUCCCAGAAACAUUAACUAACACUAACUAUGUAAUUAUGCCUAACCUCUGUUCUGGACCAUUGGUAUGUGUCUGAUGCAGUGCUUUACCUGAGGGUAUGGUAGGCUGUGGUAGGCCAUGUCACAGUCACUGUGUUUCUCUACAUGGCAAUGAUGUUCUCCCAUGGCACUGAACCUACUGUGAUUACAUCACAACCGUCCUGAUAUGAGGUCUGAGCCCAGUAGAGACACACAACAGGCCCCACCCUGCCAUAUCAACCUUCCUAAUGACUCUGUUGCAAUGCUUUCAUGGCAAUUGUACAGGACCUACGCAGGCAGUUGAGGUAUUAACAAGGAAAUCAAUGUCUGCCAGACACCAAGUAUAGUGGCUCAUAGUAUCGACAGUUAAGUGGCAGGUUUAAGAGACUGCUUUUCUACAAGAGUUUUGUGAGGUGAAAUAUCUACUCUCAGGUCUAAACAUUCUAGAGUUCAUCCCCCUGCACGAGAGAGAACGAGAGAGAGAGAGGAAAGAGCAGGAGAAGGUGAGCAAGAGGCUGCCAUGUUUACUCUGAGGUAGAUUCUCACAACAAGGAUACCACUGUAGAGCUGUAUCUCCUAACACAUGAAAGGCUCACCACUCUUCAGAAAACUUUACAUGAAACCACACUGGUUAUUUUUACAAUGUUUACAAUGUAGGGAGCCGGGGUGCUUGUUUGAAUUGUCAAGAAAAGCAAGCAGUGUGUAUGAUACAGGACAGGGUGAAUUGUCAGAGAUCCUGGCAUGGCUGUGUUUCUAAACCAGACAGCCCCUCUCUGCUGAGCUGUUCCCACAUCUGGUUCCUCCACCCUCCCACCAUCAACACACCAUUGGCAGGGAAAGUGUCAAGGAAUAGUGUGUUUCAGAUAGUCCUCACACACAUACAAUCAAAUACACAUAGGCAUACACCUUCCUGGCCAGUCCUCUCCAGAGUGGUUUGUAGCAACCUACUGUCAGUGGGGUGAGAGACUGGCCUCAUUGUUUAUGGGAAUGGAUAUUUAACAGCCCCUUUAAAAGAAUGGGGCCCCACCCUGGUUGACUGUACCUGUCUCCGACAUCUCUCACUGUUUACCCAGCAGGUUAAUGGUUAACUAAAACCUCCGGGACUGUCUAUAUCCCCAUCAUCACCUGUCAGCUACACUGUCUUAGGACUUGUCACAUUGUCACCUGGAGAAGAACGGAGAUAGUCGAAUCAAUAGCUUCUGCAUUUGCUUUAGUCUUCAUUUUCAUUUUUGGGAAAAGCUCUUGGAAAAACGUUGAAUUCAGAUACUAGUCGGUUAUCUGACAUCCUGAAUGCAGUUUUUGAUGACAGUGGGCCCAGGUCGCAAACGUCUGAAGAAACGUUAUUCACGGGAUGCAGAGGCAUUUUCCACAGGGUGAAGGCUGUUCACGUCUGAGAGGGAUCUGUGAAUGAUCUGAACUGUUUUCAACAGUGUGCUGAGGAUUAUUUUGAUUCCCGUUCAGUUUCCUGGCGCUUAUUUCUUCUCACUGAUUUGGCUAGAUGUUGAGUGGGGUUGUGGAAAUGGCGUAAGCAGGAAAGGUGUGGAAUUUGUUUCUGAAUUCCGGUGCACAGAUGUAACCAAUCACAAGUGAGCCUAAUGGCGUGCCGAUUGAAGCCACAGUGUUUGUUUUGUUGCUGAUGUAUUUUAUCAUUGUGUCAACCUCUCACCACUGUGCUGAUAGGUUGAUUUGCCCAGCUCAUAGUCAGAUGAGAACCAAUCUCUGUGCCUGUUUGUCUAGUCUGGUCGUAGUGACUGACAGGGAUCUGGUUUCAGGACUGCAUUACUGACCUUAGGGGAGAGUUGUGGGGGACAGAGAGUAGGGAAGUAGGCCACAGGGUUCCAGGGGGGUUUUAGUGAUAGUAACACCUCUAAAUGUGUUAACCCUCCUGUGUUAUUGCUCUCUUAUACCUGAAUGGUCAAGGACAACGACAGGGGACAUACUCUCAGAGCUACUCUGCUCCAACUGCAUUAGACUGAGCCGCAAGUCUUGGCAUGAGACUCCAUGCCGCACCACUCAAGAUUAAUGGACUUGUUUUUCCUCACUGAAGGUUGUGUGCACAUCUGUAACUCAAUCACCUUGUCAGCCAGUGAGACGGGACUGCACCGCUUUCCAGUUAGGAAACUAUCUCUCUUUCUCUCUCUUUCACUCUGCUUUUCUCUUUACCAAGAAUAUUUCUUUGCUUUCGCUGCUGCUGUGUCUGAGCUGCGUUCACCAAGGCGCUCUGAGGCGUCUGGAUCUGGACAGCAUUACACCCCCUGACCGCACACGCCUACCUGCCAGAGCUGCUAUUAUAAUAAAAGACUUGUGGCCAGGAUUACUAGAGGGUCAACGGCUGAAGGAGAAACAACUGGACUCAUGUGGCAGCAGUCAGCCGGGUCCAGCUUUCACACUGAAAGGAAGUAGCACCCAUACCGGGUUCAAUCACAGCAGUCUCCAAGCCACAGCCACUGGACACACAACAGCUCUGUCUGUUUGUCUGCAGCAGACCUGGACCACUGGAUCACCAGCAUUGAAAUCCACCGUUCUGAGCACCCCACAGGGUUUAGGUGUCCGUCUGUGUGUCUGAGGGUAGUGUAUGGAGGCUCACAGGGGACUGCCGUCGGACUGGGAGGCAGUGCUGGAGCUGGAUGAAGCCCUGGCUGGGUGGCUCCCACAGGAUCCGGCCCAGGAAGAGUUUGGGUGGGAGUGGGACUGGGCCGCCUCGGACCCCCCAGACCAGGACUUGGAGUCAGAGGAGGUCCCUGCAGUGUUGAGCCCCACAUAUAAACAGCGUAAUGAGGACUUCAGGAAGCUCUUCAAGCAGCUACCGGACACAGAGCGACUCAUCGUGGAUUACUCCUGCGCCCUGCAACGAGACAUCCUCCUGCAGGGCCGACUCUACCUCUCAGAAAACUGGAUCUGUUUUUAUAGCAACAUCUUCCGCUGGGAAACGCUGCUGACGGUGAGGCUGAAGGACAUCUGCACCAUGACAAAGGAGAAGACAGCCCGCCUCAUCCCCAACGCCAUCCAGGUGUCCACAGACGGUGACAAGCACUUUCUCACCUCAUUUGGAGCGCGGGACAGGACCUACAUGAUGAUGUUCAGGUUAUGGCAGAAUGCACUGCUGGACAAACCCCUGUGCCCCAAAGAGCUAUGGCACUUUGUCCAUCAGUGUUAUGGCAACGAGCUUGGCCUGACCAGUGACGACGAGGACUAUGUUCCCCCUGACGACGACUUCAACACCAUGGGGUUCUGUGAGGAGAUUCCUAACGAGGAGAAUGAGAUAAGUAAUGACAACUUGUCUAAGAGCAGUGCCGAGGCCAAGCACGAGGGCAGCCCACCAUCCAUACACAAGAAAUGCAUCAUCACCAAUAGCACCAUCAGCUCAACCAUCAGCAGCGAGCCCCUCUCUGUGAGUCUCAGCGACAUAAUAGAGUUUGACCUCCCUCCAGACGAAUACAUCGACUGCCUCCCUAACGGGGAGCUGCUGACCUUGCCCCUGGUGCUGGAGCAGAGGCUAGCGGAGGCCAGCGGCCUGGUGCCCUCAACCUCCCUAGACUUCAACGACAAUGAAGACAUCCCCACCGAACUCAGCGACUCCUCAGAGACCCACGACGAGGCAGGGGAAGUGCAGGCCUUCCACGAUGACCUUAAAGGGAGACAGUACAUCGAUGAGGUUUACAAGUUCAGUGUGGACAAGAUGUACGACAUCCUCUUCACAGAAUCCCAGUUUAUGACCGACUUCAUGGAGCAGCGCAGGUUCUCUGAUAUAGUGUUUCACUCCUGGAAGAAGGACGACGCAGCGGGGAACCAGACGAGAGAGAUCAUGUACACCAUCUCCCUGUCCAACCCGCUGGCCCCCAAGACAGCCACUGUCACAGAGACCCAGACACUGUACAAGGCUAGCCAUGAGAGUGAGUGCUACAUCAUCGAUGCUGAGGUCAUCACACACGACGUGCCCUACCACGACUACUUCUACACGCUCAACCGUUACAUGCUGACACGGGUGGCCAAGAACAAGUGCCGUUUAAGGGUGUCCACUGAGCUGCGUUACAGAAAACAGCCAUGGGGAUUAGUGAAGGGCUUCAUCGAGAAGAACUUCUGGAGCGGGCUGGAUGAGAACUUCCGCCAUCUUGAGUUGGAGCUGUCGAAGGUGGAGGAUGUGGUGUUGGAGUCGGCCCGGCCCUCUCCCAAGGUCAAGGUGGUGAAGACGUCUGUGAGGCGGAGGAAAAGACCACUGGUCCAAUUACGGAGCCAGCACCUGGACGACGCCCUCCUCAGCCCUGUCACCACGCCAACCGACGACGAGGUCAUCCACCGCAUCAAACAUGUGGGCGUGACAGGUUCCACUCAGACCAGGCACAUGCCUGAGCACCUCCCUGGAGGCAUUGCCCUCUACAGUGUCUCCAAACUGCUGCUCAUCAUCAGCUUUGUGAUCUGUCUAAGCCUGGUUUUGCUGGUGUUGCUCAACAUGAUGCUGUUCUAUAAGCUGUGGAUGCUGGAGUAUUCUGCACAGCCUCUUACCACCUGGCAAGGGCUGCGGAUACAUGAGAAUAAACUGCCCCAGACGCAAAUGGAGUGGGCCCAGCUCCUGAAGUCCCAACAGCAUUACCAUGAUGCUGAGCUGCAGAAGUGGAGAGAGAUCAUCAAAUCCUCCGUGGUACUAUUAGACCAGAUGAAAGACUCUCUAUCAAACCUUCAAAGGGGCAUUGACUUAAGGGACUACAGCUCAGAAGCUGAGGAGAAAAGAAGCCGUUACCACUGACAUACGACCUUAGGCCAUGCGGGCAGGGUGUGCAAUAUAGGAGCUGUUUGUGUGUAAGUAUGCAAACGAACAAAGAGAGACAAGAGAUCGACCGACCGCGAGGCGAGCUGGGCCCAGUGUGACAGGGAUGGCUGCCUGCUGACACCCCCCCCCCUCAGCUCACAGAGGUCACGACCCCGCAAGUCAGACUAUGGACAGAAAGUGCACCUAUCACAGAAAGGAAAUUAACAGUGGCGUUCCCACAGCACUGAAGCAUUGUGGGAAGGUGACAGCCCAGCUUACCUUGACCCCACUUCUGUCUCUUAUUUUUCUUUGUCUUUUAAUGUUGGAAGGACAUCGUCCUAUCAGCCGUUGCCGUGUGGGGAAUAGAGGACAACAAAAGCUCAGCAUGUGAUUUUACCCCUCACCUUAACUCCUCUCGAUGAGCGUCUGUCUGUGGUUCCAUUCCUGCUCUGUGAGUGUCUAAAGAGGAACAAAAGGGGUCCUACAGUCUCUAGGCUUUCUACACUCCCUUGACUGUUCCAAACCGACCAUCUCCUCAAGGUCCACGCUGCAGUGUCCCUUUUAUUAAACCCUCUGAUCUUGGCCACAGACCAUGCUCUAGAGUAGCAGGAUCACCAGCAAAGAAUAUUAUAGAGUGUGUGUGUGUGUGUAUGUAUGUAUGUAUGUAUGUAUGU